AUGCCCGUCCAGAUCUUCUGCUCCAUCUCCUUCGCCUCGGACGAAGCCCCCGAAGCCGGGUCGCAGGGGCCCAGCCCCGACCUCUGCCCCCACGGGCAGCGGCCCGGGGAGCCGUGGCCCCGGGGGUCCCCUGAGCUGGGGGCAGAGGGGGCAGGGGAGGAAGGAGGAGAAGAGGGGUCUCCUUCAGAGCCCACAGACCUGGUGGCCUUCGCCAGAGGCUGCAGCCUGCACGGGGUCAGUCACGUCUUCGUGGCCGAGGGUCUCGGCCUACGCCCGGCGCUGUGGGCCGGGGCCUUCCUGGUGGCCCUGGGGGCUUUCCUCUACCAGGUGGCCGACCGCGUGGCCUAUUAUGGCAGCUCCCCACGGGUCACGCUGCUGGACGAGGUGGCCAGCGCCGAGCUGGCCUUCCCCGCCGUCACUCUUUGCAACGCCAACGCCAUCCGCCUGUCGCAGCUCAGCUACCCAGACCUGCUCUACUUGGCGCCGCUGCUGGGGCUGGAGGAGGGGGACGAUCUGGAUCUGGGGGUGGGCUUGGCCCCCCCGGGCCCCGACGCCUUCUCCGACCAGCCCUUUGACCUGUAUCGCUUCUACAACCGGUCCUGCCAUCGGCUGGAAGACAUGAUGCUCCACUGCUCCUUCCGCGGGGGGGUGUGCGGGCCUGAUAAUUUCUCCGUGGUGUUCACCCGCUACGGCAAAUGCUACACCUUCAACUCCGGGAGGGACGGGAAGCCACGGCUCAAGAGCAUGAAGGGCGGAACGGGCAACGGACUGGAGAUCAUGUUGGACAUUCAACAGGACGAGUACCUGCCGGUGUGGGGGGAGACUGAUGAGACGUCUUUCGAAGCCGGGAUCAAAGUCCAGAUCCACAGCCAAGAUGAACCUCCCUUCAUCGACCAGCUGGGUUUCGGCGUGGCGCCCGGCUUCCAGACCUUCGUGUCCUGCCAGGAGCAGCGGCUCAUCUACCUGCCCCCGCCUUGGGGCACAUGCAAGGCAGUCACCAUGGACUCGGAUUUCUUUGACUCCUACAGCAUCACGGCCUGCCGCAUCGACUGCGAGACCCGCUACCUGGUGGAGAACUGUAAUUGCCGCAUGGUCCAUAUGCCAGGUGACGCCCCUUACUGCACCCCGGAGCAAUACAAAGAGUGCGCGGACCCUGCCCUGGACUUCCUGGUGGAGAAGGAUCAGGACUACUGUGUCUGCGACAUGCCCUGCAACAUGACGCGCUACGGCAAGGAGCUGUCUAUGGUCAAGAUCCCCAGCAAGGCCUCCGCCAAGUAUCUGGCCAAGAAAUUCAACAAAUCGGAGCAGUAUAUUGGGGAGAACAUCCUGGUGCUGGACAUCUUCUUCGAAGUCCUGAACUACGAGACAAUUGAGCAGAAGAAGGCGUACGAGAUUGCCGGGCUGCUCGGUGACAUCGGGGGCCAGAUGGGACUAUUUAUCGGGGCUAGUAUCCUCACGGUGCUUGAACUCUUCGACUACGCCUAUGAGGUCAUCAAGCACAAACUGUGCAGACGGGGCAAGUGUCAGAAGGAGGCCAAGAGGAGCAGCGUGGACAAAGGCGUGGCCCUCAGCCUCGAUGAUGUCAAACGCCACAAUCCGUGCGAGAGUCUCCGGGGCCACCCGGCCGGCCUGACCUACGCUGCCAACAUCCUACCUCACCACCCGGCCCGGGGCACCUUCGAGGAUUUUACCUGCUGAGCCCUGGCCCCCUCCGGCCCCCUUCGGCCCGGUUCGGCCCAGCUGGGCCCAGCUGGGCCCGGCCUCGACUAGAGGC